UCCAGAUUUGGGGAUUGUUAAUUAGGGUUUAUAGAUAGAUCUGGACGGGAAAAGAGAAAAGAAACAACUAACACUCUUUCUUACUGUUUUUGAUAUCGAGAGUGUGUGUUGGAUUCGAUAUUUCGGGUUAGUUGUCGGUUUUUUUUUUAUCGAUUUCGCAGAUCGUUAGGUUUUACUAGUUUUAUAGGGUUUUUUUUGUUCUGUCGUCAUUAGAAAUCGGAAAAUUGUAGCAGGAGAUAAGAGUGUUAGGGCGAGGUAUUAGGGUGAGCUUGUGCUGCCAAUGCGAUUUGUUUCAAUUUCAAAGAAUUUUUCGGUGAUUUUUCUGAUACCGAAAAGCUUGAGUGCAAUGUCUUGGGCUGGUCCUGAAGAUAUACAUCUGUCUACUUCUCUUGCAAGCUAUCUUGAUAAGAAACUUCUCGUAUUGCUAAGAGAUGGUAGGAAGCUGUUGGGGAUACUUCGCUCUUUUGAUCAAUUUGCCAACGCUGUCCUUGAAGGGGCUUGUGAACGAGUGAUUGUUGGUGAUCUUUAUUGUGAUAUCUCGUUAGGUCUCUAUGUAAUCCGUGGCGAGAAUGUUGUUUUGAUUGGCGAGCUGGAUCUAGAGAAGGAGGAACUCCCCCCUCAUAUGACCUGUGUUUCUGAAACUGAGAUAAAAAGGGCUCAGAAAGUAGAGAGGGAAGCAACAGAUCUGAAGGGUUCAAUGAGAAAGAGGAUGGAGUUUCUUGAUAUGGACUGAUAAGAAGAUUGAAUCCCCUAUUAUUCUUUGUUACUUUUGUUGAUUAAUCAAUGUGUCAUCAUGAUAUGCCAUGUCUUCCGCAAAUAUUAGCGCGGGUGGUGGAUGCUGGCCUGGCUAUUAUCAUCAUCAUCAUCAUCAUCUGUUGGACCCUUUUGCCUCUAUAUUUCAAUUGCAUAGUAAGUAGCCCUUUCCAAAUUCACAAGGUAACCAACUGUUAUCGUUAUGUCACCCAUCUUUUUUCAGUUGGAUAGAUGUUGGGUGGUUUUGGAAUAAUGUCUUUUAGAUUUUGUUCUAUGAGUAGUAAUGUGUACAUUUUGCUAUUUUGCAUUUCUUGAAGCUUCUGUUUUCCUUUAAGAAUGUUUCUUCAGGUGUACAGUUGCAGAAAACAAUUCUAAAUGAUAAUUAAACCUUUUGUUUUAA